AUGGGAACCAUCCGUCUUUUACAACUCACCUAUCUUUGUACUCUACCCAUCGAAAUAUGGCACAUGGAACAUGAGGCUGAUACCGCUGCUACCUUCCAAGAGGAAAUAAGUUCUUUUAGGGAUGUCCGUUUGCGUGACUUGUCCGAUCUGGGUCUUAUAAAAAGCAUCAGUCGUCGUCGCAACCUCGGUAAACAGUUCCAAGUGAAAGCAGCGGCUAUUAUCAACUCUCGGUUUCAACAUGUCCUAUUUCUGGACUCUGAUAAUAUUCCCACUCGUGAUCCAAGCUUUUUAUUCGCCACACCCGAGUACAAGCACAAGGGAGCGAUCUUUUGGCCAGACUUUUGGAAGACAGCCAGUGAAAACAAGAUUUUCCGCUUACUCGAGAUUUCAUCGGAAAAUGUGUGGGAACAAGAAUCCGGACAAAUUUUAAUUGACAAGGAACGUCAUUGGAUACCAUUACAAUUGGCUUGGUACAUGCAAUAUUACCACGAACUCUAUUUUAAGUUACUGAAUGGUGAUAAGGAUACCUUUCAAUACGCAUGGAGAGCCUUAGAUGCUCCCUUUCAUCGCAUCCAGACUUUUUUGUCUAUGGCGGGGUUACUCUACAUGGAUGGAGAAGAUGACACACCUUUAUUUAUCCAUGCGAAUCUAAUGAAACAAAUGCCUCGCCAUGUGUUUAAUCAACGUCCGUGGCAUUGGAUUAAACGUCAUCGUGGGGAUCGAUCGUCUGUGAUUUUACCUCAAUUUUAUAUGGCUAUGAAUAACACGUUGGGUUGCAUGGAUUUUCCUCUGCAAAAGGACUUGGAUGAUUUUGAUCAACUCUUGCCUCAUUUUCAAAAAGCUUAUUUUGAAUCAGGUGGAAUAGGUGGAUAUAAUACUUAUAUUGAAUCAUGA